UCUUUAAUAUUUCAUAUGUUAUAUUCUUUCUGGGUCUCUAUAGUGUGUGUUUGUGUGAAGCUGAUUGUAAACUAUACAGGUUGUUUCUGAACUGGUUGUAUUUCUAAAUAUUAUUUGACUGCUUUAUUUAUUUCUUGUGGUUUUGCUCGGGUCGACACCGGAAACAGAAGGGUGAGUAAACACACGUACAGACCUGCUAUAACUGUGUAAAGUCUCAUAACAAACAUCAUCAUUCUCAUUCUCUUCAUCAUUAACAGGAUACAGUGAGUGAGAGGGCCAAUCCUAAUGAAAACUAUUUCGAGGUUUUGGCUCAUCUGAAUGUGAUUCCGUGUGAGGGCGUGGGAAAAAUCCAGAAACAGGUUGUGGAGAUCCUCAAACAUGGAUACCACUCACCUCUGUAUUACAGCCUAACUACACGCGAGGAGUAUAUACACGUUUAUCCUACAGUCUCAGAUGUAAUUCCUCAUUCAACAAUGGAGAGCAUCACAGUGACAGACACGCCCUCCACCACCACGCCCACCACCACCCCGCCCACCACCACCACGCCCAUCACCACCACGCCCACCACCACCACGCCCACCACCACCACGCCCAUCACCACCACGCCCACCACCGCCAUGCCCACCACCGCCAUGCCCACCACCGCCACACCCACCACUGCCACACCCACCACCGCCACGCCCACCACCACCACGCCCAUCACCACCACCACGCCCACCACCACGCCCACCACCACCACGCCCAUCACCACCACGCCCAUCACCACCACGCCCACCACCGCCAUGCCCACCACCGCCAUGCCCACCACCGCCAGGCCCACCACCACCACGCCCACCACCGCCACACCCACCACUGCCACUCCCACCACCGCCACGCCCACCAACACCACUCCUGUUACAGAAUCUCCGCCUACUGAUGCCACAGACAGUUUCUUUAAAGUCAGUGUGAACAUGACCAUCACAGGACCACAGCAGGAUCCAGAAGACACCCUUCAGCGCUGGCUUCAUGAAACUCUCUCUACUAAAGGAAUGUCUGUGCUGAACUUCAGAUUAACGUCACCACAGUCAGUGGGUCGAAGUUUGGAGAAUUCCAGUGCGGGUUUUUCUCUCGUCUCCACACAGAGUUGUGACUUUCAGAUGCACGUGACGUCGUGUUCGAAUGUUAAUGAAAUACAGAAACAGAUCCAUCAGCUGUUGGAGCGGCGGUAUGAUAACGGCACCGUGAGCCUGGAUGCUGCUCCAGAACACAUCCACAUCACACACAUACACCCCGGUCAGUGUCCUCACCAGCCACAGCAGACUCGUCGGGGUCUGUACAUUUGGAUCAGAACUUCGGCUCAACGCGUAAACACACAGCAGUGUGAAGGAGAUCUGACUCACAAAGCAACACGCCAGUGUUUACUGAGUGGACUGACUAACCGUGCGGUGUGGAUCGCUCCGAACCUGCAGGACUGUCCCACUGUGGUGAACAAACUCUCCGACCUUGAGCACAUCACAGUCACUAACGACACGGCGCUGGACGUGCUAAACAUAAUCGAGGACAUAAUGAAAGAAAGCAAGUCCCUGGACGAGCAAGACCUGUGGCUGGUGCUGAACACACUGGAGGUCGUGCUGAAUGUCAGCAUCAUGACCUUUGACCUCGCACAGGUCAUCAUCAACAUCACAUCAGACAUCCUGAACUCACAGAGCGACCUUCAUCCCUUCACUAACUAUAUUCUGAACAUCACAGAAAAGGUGGGAAACAGAAUGUCCAAGCUGAAUAACGGAUCUGUCAGCGUGGUGGCCGCAGCGUUAGCUCUGGCUGUGGUCGACGUCAAUACAGAGAAUUUCUACAAUCUGACAUUUGGAGUCACAGCGAUGACCAACGACCUACAUCCAUCGGUGUAUAUUAAUCAGGACCCGUCUGAGGGCACUGUGGCCUUCAUGUCUCUCCCUCCAUAUCUUCAUGUCAGUUUUCCGCAAAACUACAACACCAAUCCUCAAGUCCUGUUCCAGUUCUACGGCGUUCCUGAACUCUUUCAGAAUUGUGAGAAUGGGAACAUGUUGAAUACGUAUGCUGUAGCUGCCAGUGUGAUUAAUGCAGAGCAGCCCAUAAGAGAGCUGAAGGCUCCAGUCGUCAUCAUACUGCACCACCUCAACACCAACACACUCGGAAGAGAUGUUCAGUGUGUGUACUGGAACUUCAACAAGAAUGGUGGUCAUGGUGGUUGGAGCUCCAGUGGAUGUUGGAAACACAACAUGACUAAUGAAUACACAACCUGUAUGUGUGAUCACCUCACACACUUUGGCGUGCUGCUGGAUGUAUCCAGGACCAGGACUCCCAUUGAUGAGAAAAAUGAGAAAAUCCUCACCCUCAUCACAUACACAGGGUGUGGAGUGUCGUCUUUGUUCCUUGGAGUGACAGUGCUGACCUACUCACUGCUGGAGAAGUUGAGGCGUGAUUACCCGUCUCAGAUCCUGCUGAACCUCUGCUUCGCUCUGCUCGGCCUCAACCUUGUUUUCCUCAUUAACUCCUGGCUCUCAUCCUUUGGGGUGGCUGCUCUCUGUGUCGCCGUGGCAACGACCCAGCACUACUUCCUCUUGGCCUCGUUCACCUGGAUGUUCCUGGAAGCAGUGAACAUGUACUUCGCCCUCGUUAAAGUGUUCAAUGCCUAUGUGCCUUCCUACAUCUUCAAAUUCUGCUCCAUCGGCUGGGGUGUUCCUCUGCUGAUCUGCUGCUUGGUGUUGGUGGUGAAACCCAACUCAUACGGACCCCUGCAACACGGGAGCUCUGAAAUGCACUGCUGGAUGUCAGACGACGUGGUGUUCUAUGUGUGUGUGGUGGGCGUGGUGGGCGUGAUUCUCCUGGUGAACGGUUUUGUGUUCCUCAUGGUUCUGCUGCAGGUGAGGAGGGCAUGUGUGAGCGAGCACAGUGGUGUGAUGAAGGAGCUGCGAGGCGUCACCAGUCUCACUCUGCUGCUCGGCCUCACCUGGGGCACCGCCUUCCUCACCUGGGGCGACGCCAGAGUCCCGCUGCUCUAUGUCUUCUCCAUCCUUAACAGUCUGCAAGGCUUCUUUAUUUUUCUGUUUCAAUGUCUGAUGAAGGAAAAUGUGCAUAAACAGUGGAGAGUCCACCUGUGCUUUGGACGCUUCAAACUGCAGGAUUACUCAGCGGAAUGGAGUCACACUCCUCCCAUCAUCAACAAACCCAGACACAGUCCGAUGUUGACCUUCCCCACUGUGGCUUCAGUCAGAUCCAAUAAAUCCAACUCCACUCAGAGCUCCUCAGCUUCCUCACACUGCAUUGAACACCACUUCAAUGUGAAGAGACCUGACCUGGAUGUGGUGUAUCAGCAGAGCUUCAUCCUGCCUCGAGCGCAACGAGUACACACUCCGCUCCCCGAGGGUGCAGGGUACACCACACACUCCCUAAACUGGAUCUCUACAGAGGUUCCUGACAACCACGUUUACUUCAACUAACGCUCAUUUCCAGCUUCACGCUACUGUUCUGUUUGGCGAUUAAUGCAGGACCGGUCGCCUCUGGCUUACUCAUUAGGGUUAAAUUUAGAAAUGUCAAAUUUAUAUACAGAAUUGAUAUAUUUCUGUAAAGCUGCUUUGUGACUACGUUCAUCGUUAAACAUGCUAUAUAAAUAAAACUGAAUUGCAUUGAACUUA